AUAUUAAAAAAUCACUGAGGUAAAAGGUCAACAUGUCUACUGAAAAGAUAGUAAAUUUUUUUCUGCAGUUUCUUGAAUCGAUAUUAAAGUUGCUAUGGAUACUAAAAAGGAGCAUUCGAAUGUCCAUAGUGUUCUCAGAAGAAAAUAAAGAAAAUAGACUUAGAGAGAAAUCAGUUAGGCCAGUGCAUGGCAAAGCUGUUCUUGGAUUGUCGCGAGAAAUUAACACUCAAGCACAUGCAAAUUUUACACCAGAACUCACGAAAAAGAGAAAAGUGGUAACGUUUGAAAAGUCACUUUGUCAACAAUCAAACAGUGAUUCACCUUGGGCUAAAAUCCGAGAUUUGGACGAGCAACUAAAUUGGCAAGAUAGAGUUGAGGUUAUCACAAAAGAAGAUCACUUAUUGAUUAUUCAGCUAGCACAGUUCAUAGUAGAAGAAUUAGUAAAUAAAGUUGUGAUUUACUGCGAAGAAGACAUUAAAUCCAUGGAUUCAGACGAGGAUGAUUUUAAUUCACUUCCUGUGAAGCCACGUGGUGCAACUGUUGUUAAUGUACCAGCUGAUAAUAUUAAAGAUGAAGACGAAUUUGAUGCAUUACCAGUGAAGCCUAGGGGAGGGGGUGCCCUAAUGCCAGCAGAAGAUCCAUUCGAUAAUAUUCCAAUUAAGGUUAGAGGCGGAGGUAAUGUUAAUAUCCCUACUGAUAAUUCAUCUAAUGAAAUAAAUGUUCCAGAAGCUAACAAUGAGAAUGAAGACAAAUUUAAUAGUUUACCAGUAAAACCCCGUGGAGGUUCUUCUGCACUAAAUGAUAAGGACGAUGGAAUAGUCACAGAAAAUCAGGAAGUCGUAUUGAAAUCAAAGAGUAGUAAAGGUGUUACCUUUGAUUUAAAUGAAACCGCCGAUUCAAAUCUACCACCUUCAGGGGAAUUGUCAUUAAAUGAUACUGACUCUGGAUUGUGUAGUCAGAACUCAAGUGCUGUUGGAAAUAUAAUUCAAGAUUUCAGUUAUGAUCUUGAUGCACAGUUUAAAUCUGCUGACUCAGCGGAAUUUAUGGAAGACUUAAGUUUUUUGGAACAAUGUGGAGAAAAUGACGACGAAGCUGCGCAAAGACAAGCAGAAUUGUCAAGAAAAUCCUUAUACGUUCGCUUUGAUCCUCUGAUUGGUUCAGACUCUCCUGAUAAACCAGCCGACUCUACUGUAACGUCGCAACACAUAUCAAACUCGUUAACUUCUGCAGAUUUAUUUGCAAGAGACUCUCCCAGCACUUCAGAACUUGCUGCAAAACUAGCAGCAGUUAAAAAAAGCGCGGGAAUAGACACAAGUAAAAAAUCGUUUGUUGAAAACACCGAUGACCCGUUUAGUCCUAAAAAAAUUUCAAUGGUGACAAAUUCCGAACCUCCAGAGACAGGCGUAGUAAAAAAGCAGUCUCCUCUUUCAGAUAUUAGUAGUAACGGACUGGUCGAGCCAUUGCUUUACACGCAAAGUGAUCUUGAUGAAGUUGUGAGAGCGCGAGAAAGUGAUUGGCAAAAAAAGUAUGAUGAACUUGAAUGCAAGAUUAAGGAGGAGAUUGCUAUGCGCGAAUUGUUGGAACAAGACCAUCGAGAAAAAAUGGAGUGUCUUCGAAAGGAGAAUGUUGACAUGAAACAAGUAGUCGCACAAUACGAGAAAACAAUUGUCGAGCUUACAGACUUCGCUGUGGAUUUCCUAUUGAAGAUAUGGCAAUUCGAUUUAACAUGUCCACUAGUAAUUUCUAGUUCCCUGUAAUCUACAAGCUGGUAAAGUACUGCAGCGACAUGCUUACAACAACCCCCUGCUCCAGCUUUGCAGUUGCAUUUAUUUAACAUAUAAAACAUCUCCAGAUUUUUGACAAAGGUGAAUGUACACGCUGUAUUGAAUUUUUUUCAUGGGGGCUGUUACCAGGCAUUUAACAAUAAACAAACUUGUAUUUGCAAUAAUAUGUGGUUUUACUCUGACCUUCUUUACGAAAUGCUCUUUAAACAAUCUGUAUCCCAGAAUUUUGUGCUUAAUUGCCCCUCUAGAUUUAUUAUCCACUACUAAAGUAUCUUCUACCAUAUACUUUUGUAGUUUUUUGUGAGAAAUGGCAGGCAAAAGAAAUAAGUCUUUGGACCAUUCUUUUAUACUACAGGUCAGUUCCUCUUCUUUGUCUCUUUCAAUUUCCUGAUUUGAAAUUUCUCUGAACUGGCCUUGAUACCGUGCCAGAGCUGUGACAAAAGCUAUACUUAAGGGCAGUAUCAUUAUCCGUAAAAAAUAUACUUAAAUCUUCAUUAGUAUCCAUUAUAAGUUGUCGUUUCACUAUCCUUCCCUCAAAUAAGCCUUUUUCUACUUUGUUUUGUUAAACACUUGAUUAAUCUAUUACAGAGAUAAACUUUUUACAAAGAGCUAUGAUCAUGGAGAUAAUUAUUUCGUGACAAAACGAUUUCGGCUUUUUUUCUUGACUUCAAGUACCACAAUGCAUUACGCAUCUCACUAUUUAUGGGAACGGUGAAUUGAUUCGCAUGAAAUUGAAAGUCAAUUUUGGAUAUAGACAGAAUCCAAUCUGUAUUAUUGAGAACAAAUAAAUCUCAAUCUACUCGCAUUGUAAAAAAACUUAUCUUUUCUAGAAAAUUCGCAUCACAAUCACAUGUUUAA